GGAAUUCGGAUUUCAGUCUUCGAGCAGUCGUUCAAGGCGAAGGUUGUGGCACAAGCUUUUGGAUCUCCCGACACCGAUUCGCACCGCAGACAGUCCAAAGUGCAGGUCAGCAGCAGUCGCUAUAAAUUAUAGAUCAGCCAACAGCCGAAACAGACAAAGAUGGAGGGCAAGACCGUUAUUAUCACCGGCGCCAACAGCGGAAUCGGCAAGGAGACGGCCAAGGAUCUGGCAGGACGUGGAGCCCGCAUCAUCAUGGCCUGCAGAAACCUGGAGACUGCCAAUGCCGUUAAGGAUGAGAUCAUCAAGGAGACGAACAACAGCAAGGUCCUGGUCAAGAAGCUGGAUCUGGGUUCCCAGAAGUCCGUCCGCGAGUUCGCCGCUGACAUUGUGAAGACGGAGCCCAAGAUCGAUGUGUUGAUCCACAACGCCGGCAUGGCCCUGGCCUUCCGCGGGCAGACGAGCGAGGAUGGUGUUGAGCUGACCAUGGCCACCAACCACUACGGGCCCUUCCUGCUGACGCACUUGCUCAUCGAUGUGCUGAAGAAGAGCGCACCGGCUCGCAUUGUUAUUGUGGCCUCGGAGUUGUACCGUCUGUCCUCCGUUAACCUGGCCAAGCUGAACCCCAUUGGCACCUUCCCGGCUGCCUACUUGUACUACGUGUCCAAGUUCGCCAACAUCUACUUCGCCCGGGAGCUGGCCAAGCGGCUGGAGGGCACCAGGGUGACCGUGAACUUCCUGCAUCCCGGCAUGAUCGACUCGGGCAUCUGGCGCAAUGUGCCCUUCCCGCUCAACCUGCCAAUGAUGGCCAUCACCAAGGGUUUCUUCAAGACCACCAAGGCCGGAGCCCAGACGACCAUCUACUUGGCCACAUCCGAUGAGGUGGCCAACGUGUCUGGAAAGUACUUCAUGGACUGCAAGGAGGCCACCCUGAAUGCCGCUGCCCUCGACGAGGAGAAGGGCCUCAAGAUCUGGGAGGAGUCCCUGAAGAUCGUCAAGCUGACGCCCCAGGAUCCCAAGAUCUAAGGGGUUGCAUAUGCGUAAAUAACUGAUUUGCUUUUCUUGUUAUUAAGGGGGAGUUUACUGUAGCCUAAGUUUUUCAUCUCAAUAAAUACAACUUUGUAAAAUGUAA